AUGGGGGAAGGAGCGAGGGAGAGCUUCGAGGGCAUGAGCGUGGAUCGCCUCAAACUGGAGCUGCUGGAGGAAAUCCACAGGAGGCGAGUCGGGGGGCAUGCCCCCCAGAUCAGUCCCCACACCCCCAACAUUCAGGGAUUGGUCUCGACCACACUCCAAAGGUGCAGUCGCACCAUCUUCGUGUCUGAGGAGCACUCUGGCUGUGGGGAUUGGAAAUCGCGAUACGAGACCCAACUGGAACUGAACAGCCUGCUCCAGAAGCAGAUUAUGUCCCUGGAAGAGAAGAUGGAGGCAGUCCAGGGGGACCCUUCAGAUCGACUGGCUUCCAUUCGAGCCUACGAACGAAUGUCCGUGGCGGCGCUCUCACAGAGUUCCCUCCAGAGGAGGAGCGCCCGUCUGCUGUCUGAAAAGGAGGCCUUGCACACGGUCCUGAAACAGCUGGAGAAAGAGAAGCGGAGUCUGGAGAAUCUAGUGAAAGAGUCCACGCUCAGACUGGAGCAGGAGGCCCAGGCUUACCACAGGACCAACAGCGAGCGCCGCUCGUACCUGGCGGAGAUGGCCCAGAUAACUCCCCCCCACCCACUUUCCAAGAGACAGUCCAUGGACCAGCUGCCCAGGGUGAAAGAGACUCUCCGGAAAAUGUAA